AAACAUUGAGAAAACAAUGAAUGAACUGGAGCAGAAACAACCAAAAGAGACCAUAUCCGACAAACAAAAGAUUAGUUAUGAGGAUGCGCUUCAUCCAUGGCAUGCCAAGAGAAUUCAAAAGGAGCAGCCUUCGGUGGAUUUUGGAUCUGGCAUUGCUCAAAAAUCGAUGAGUUUUGUCGAGAAGCUCUUUUCUGAUGAUAACGAAGGAGAAUCAAGUUCCAAGAGAAGUCGACAGCGUUCACAAGAAUCACAUGAAGAACCAGCUCCAUUAGCUCAGCAGCUACCAGUACCUGCUAAUCUACUAAACGAACAGCAACGUAUCUUACCAGCCAGACGAGUGCAAGAAGAGGAAGAUGCUCGAAAACAAUUUGAUGAACAUUUAAGUACGAUUGUAUCCAUGUUUCCCAACAUUGAACCAGGUGUCUGUUUCAUGAUCCUUCAAGCAACUGAAGGAAAGCUGCCAGAAACAAUAGAGAGGUACAAAACUACUGAUAUUCAUCCAUUAUAAGUUUACUUAUAAAUAUCUCAUAG